CUCUUGCCUCAUGGUCAGUUCCAGCUCUCACUCAUGUGCUAGGUUUUCUUCUUUCCUCGUCAAUCUAACCAAGAUACCUGGCCAUCGGCUCCAUACCUGUUGUCAAGAUGAAGCUUUCCAUGAGUCUGGUUCUGGCUGGUCUGUCCUUGACAGCCGCCAUGCCCUUCGAAUCCCGGUCCUCCCACAAGACCAAGGUCAAGGGAAAGUGGUUUGAACGUUUCGUGGUGAUUGUCCUGGAGAAUACCAACAAGGAUGUCACUUUCGGAGAUCCUUAUUUCCUCAACCUCACCAACAUGGGCAUGGUGCUUGGUGGCUAUCACGGCACCACUCAUCCCUCCCAGCCUAACUACAUCACUAUGGUUUCCAAUACCAUUGCUGGUGGUGUUUUCACUGAUGCCGAUGCCAACACUACCCAGGCCAGUGUGAUUGACCUGUUUGAGCCCGCCGGUAUUACCUGGAAAGCCUAUAUGGAGGGCUACAGCCCCCUCGAUAACGGCGACUGCAACCCUUACUCGGAAGACAAGACCACUCUCUAUGUCCGCAAGCACAAUCCCUUCAUGUCCUUCGACAACAUCCGCAACAACCUUACUCGCUGCCAGAACAUUGUCAACGCCGAAGAGAACUUCGCUAAGGAUGUUGCCCUGGGUGCCGAUGCCCCCAACUACAUGUUCUACACCCCUAACCUCAAGAACGACGCCCACGACACCAAUAUUUCUUAUGCGGCAAAGGACGUGCAGUAUCUGGUCGACACUAUGCUGCUCAACAAGGAGUUCAUGAAAGAUACCCUGAUUCUCAUUACUUUUGACGAGAACAUGAUCUACCUCAACCCUAACUUCGGCCAGCCCAACUCCAUCUAUACUCUCGUCCUGGGUAACGACACUGUCAAGUGCUAUGAUUGCGUGGACCAACAGUACUACAACCACUUCUCCCAGGUCGUGACUCUCGAGCGCAACUGGAACCUGACCACUCUUCCCCAGCCUGAUGGCAGCGAGGAAGGCUGGGACCAAUGGAUGCGCCCCUUUGGUAUGCUUCGUAGCCGUCAUGACGACGUCUGCGCCUACGCUCCUUGCGACGAGUACUAUGAUGGUAAAUCCCCUAAAGCGGCCGACGGCAACUGGGGAGACCAAGACUACUAGGGGAGCUGCCAAACCGGAAUGGGACCUCGGAAAACGCUUUGUUUUUUGGGCCUAGACCAACAUCGUCCGACUACUGUAAAUUUAUUGAGCCGGGACUUGCUUAAUCUUUUAGCAUACUGAUUGAUCCCUGUUUACAUAUUUUUGGGGGGGGGGGGUUGUUUUUUUUUCUGUUU